GCUGACUCUCGGGCGUCUUGUGUGUGUGUGUGUGUGUGUGUGUGUCUGACCCUCAACCAUGUAGUCAACUGAGCACUGACAGCAGAGCUCCAUCCAUGGCAUCUUUCUAAACAACGAUUCUCUCAUCCUCCGGUCCGGUCGUGACAUAGAUCUCCAGCCCUCCACUCCCCCCGCGUUCAUCAUGCUGCAGAUCGGAGACGAGGUGGUGUAUUUCUCGGCGGUGUUCCUGCUGGUGAUGCUGGGGACGAGGAGCGCCACGGGGGCCUCCCUCCUCACCGCGUUCCUCUACGUCUUCAUGGUGAUGUUCCGCUUUCCUCCGGUGCCAGCGGAGCAGGCCGGCCGCGUCCUCCGGCCCAGGGCUCCAUCAGGCGGCGUCCCGGUGGUGGCGCACCGCGGAGGGAGCCACGACGCCCCGGAGAACACCGUGGCAGCUAUCAGAGAGGCCAGUAGGAACGGGGCUACUGGAGUGGAGCUGGACCUGAGCUUCACCGCCGACGGAGUGCCCGUACUGAUGCAUGAUGAGACUCUGGACCGCACCACCAAUGGCUCUGGACCAGUUAACAAACUGCAGUUUGUCCAACUUAGAAGACUUGAUGCUGCUGUUCAACACAGGCUGAAGGACAAAUUCAGUGGAGAAAAGGUCCCAACUCUGCAGGAGGCAGUGGAGGAAUGCAUCAGACACCAGCUGACCAUCUUCUUUGAUGUCAAAGGUCAACCUGAUAAGGCUGUAUCAGUGCUUCACGAGAUGUAUAGGAAGUUCCCCGUCCUUUACAAUUCCAGCAUUGUUUCCUCCUUUGAACCCAAAGUCAUCUACAAGAUGCGUCAGACUGACCCCAACGUGGUCACGGCUCUCACCCACCGACCCUGGAGACUGAGCCGCUUUAGCGAUGGCACUCCUAAGGCCCUGUCUGCAUGGGGCCAGAUGUGGACAGGGGUUCUGGACGUCUUGUUGGACUGGGCCCACCACCACAUACUGUGGAAACUCUGCGGAGUCUCUGCCAUCCUCGUGCAGAAAGACUUCAUCUCACUGGACUAUGUCCAGUACUGGGCAGAGCGAGGUGUGGAGGUGGUGGGCUGGACUGUGAACAACGCUGUGGAGAAAGACUACUACCAAAACCUGCUGAAGAUUGGCUACAUCACCGACAGUCUGCUGGAAGACUGUGAUGCUUAUUACUGAAUGAUCACAACACACACAUACACACACACGAUGACAUUUUACAGCUUCUUAUUGAACAAAUUCGUAGUUAGAAACUCCUAUGUUAGACAAGAUAUGACAUAAUAACCAUAAUUACUACAUUUUACUUUACAUUUUACUACAAGUUUCUUGUCUUUUCAAAGAACAUACAUACUGAAAUAUGUAGAUUAAGUGAAUUAUAAGGUGGAAGGAAGCCAGAAAUUUGGUGCUAACUAGCUCUGUAGUGGCAAUCAAACAAUUCAUGCUUUAUAGAAAUACAUAUAUUAUAGAGGUAAGAACACAUAACUACCUGUAGCUGGCAUACAGGUAAAUUCCCUUUUAAAUUUACAGACACAUUAAACCAUGAAGACUCAACUGUAAACUACCUUGUCCUUAUCCUACUACCAGCAGCAAUACCUCCACCUCUCCUGGACCAGGGAUUAGGAUUACACCACCUUAAAGAUCUUUUCUACCUUCUGUGCUGAUCUUUCAGAGGCUUUGAUGUACCUUUAAAGAGACAUCAGUGUAUAUACUUGUAACAUUAGACAUACUGGCGUCAUAUCAAUGCCUGCCAUCUUAAUAUUUAUUUAAUAAUGGGCUCUAGAGGAUCUCUUGUUAAUAUUCGGCAACUUGACAUGCUGAUACUUGAUUGUGGAGAAACUUGCCUUCCGUCGUUAAGUUGCACAAACCUUAAGACAUUAAAACUUUGACUGACUCAACGGUAAAAUGAUAAUAUCUGAUUGUAUCCUCCAAAGGAUUUCAUUCCUGAGGGAAAGUAAAUGCACCGUUGAACCUGCGUAGAGGCGUGUGUAGUUCAAUGCUUUACACUUCUUGAAUACCCUCAUUAUUACGACUAGAUACUAUGAAACCUGUACGCUUUAAUUUCUUCACAUGACUUUUAUUCAUUUAAUCUUUCAGUUGUAUUUUCUCUAUCUCACCACAUGAUGGUCUAAUGCUGCUUUAAAUAAUUGUCCACGCUGCUAGGAAUAUGAUUUGUACAGAAAAAUACUAAUUCUCUUCACUUUAAUUUAAUUAAAUUUAACAGUGUUGCCUGAAUACGGUCACGUUUAAAGAUAAUUAGCUGUAAAGAAUAUCAGAAUCAGCCUUAAGAAGCCUGUCUGUAACUGUAGGAUGUGAACUAGUCCCAGAAACAUCGGAGUUUUUUUUAAGAUAUUUAAGGAGUUCUUGGUGAAAACUUGUUACCAAUAACUUGUUUCGACAACAACAUUUCUCUUGCCUUUUAUUUCCUGUAGUGUGAAGAAUGUCUUAUAAUCUAAUAAAACUUAAUAAACUCGUCAUAAUAGGUUGAAAUAAC